AUGCCCCAAUCCAGGUUCGUUCAUUGUGUUGGAAGCCCAUCUUUCAGCCCAGAUGAACUCAUUGAAGAUACCGACCGUCAGAGAGAAGCUUUGAGCCACCUCCUGAAGAAUGACCUCUUCAACGCCAGUCGAGUACUCUUUCAACUCCCUGACCCGGAUCCCUAUACAUACCAUGCCAUUGCAAGUGUGAAACUUGCCCAAGUCCAGUCAGUAGUCAACCUUGGAGGUGCCAAUGGCUUACACGCGUGGUACCGCAAUGAAGAUGGCUCACCUAAAGAUCCGCCUCCUCAAGCUGACAUUGAAGCAUAUGUCUCCAUGUUCAGGCCAUCAACGGCCACUGCUGCAACUCUUAAGAAUCUAGGAACAAAUGCUAAAAAAGAUUCCAUAAGGCGUGAAGUGGCAGCCAACCUCGAGAGCAAGCGGUAUCUGCACUCUGGGCUUGUAACGAAACUCACUAUCCCCAAGAGCAAGAAACCACCCAGCGCAAAUCCCUAUCUCGAUUUCUGGAUGUGGUCAUGUCACUCUCUUGAAUGGUGCGGCCCUUGCCUGGCAUCAGAACGUGGACCAAUGUCCCAUCAUGUUCUGCCAAUCUUCAUGCAUCACUUUGGCUGCGCAACACCAACUCACGAGAGCCUGGCUAUCCUGAAAAUUCUGUCUGACGGGCGCCCGAUUGUCGAUAUCGGUUCUGGCAAUGGUUAUUGGUCCUACAUGCUCCGUCGCUACGGCCUUACAGUGCAUGCGGUGGAUAACAUGCAGAGCGAAUGGAGAGUCAACUGGGUCAACGAUACGGUCAUAUCGGACGGCGUGAAGUGGUUACGCAAGAAUUCGAAUGGAGAAGGCAUGGUUCUCUUGCUUGUGUAUCCCGUCGUUGGUGGAGGCGUUGGCGGCGGCACUGAGGGGGGAUUUACGCGGAACCUGGUGUCUGCCUUUGGCGGCGAUACUAUCGCAGUCGUGGGUACACAAAAUCGAAACGGUUACACAGGGUUCAAGGGAGUCACUAUGGAUGAGUUCAUGGCGAAAGAGCAUGAGGACUGGACUAUGGUGGUAAAGGUAGCGUUGCCAUCCUUUCCUGGAAAGGAUGAAGCAUUAUAUGUCUUCCAACGAGGCGAAAGAGUGCCGCAAAAAUAG